AUGAAUGUCACCCUCCAUCAUCGCAGUGCAGAGACCGCCUUCUAUAACACAACUUAUGGAACAGACAAGUUCAUACCCGGAACUACUGCACAGGAAGAUGAGCUUUUUAGUAACACCCUCUAUAGUCACAUCAGGCACAGCGUCUUCGACAGCUCCGUACGCAAGUUCCUUCCCGAAGGAACCCUAGACAUGAUUCUCAACAGGGAUUCGGUUUUCGAAGCUAUGGAGGUAGAGGGGCCAAACGUUGAUGAUGAAUCGCUGGCUGAUUUCGUCUUGGCAUAUGCGAGGAGAGUCUUUGCCAUUUCAAUUUACAUCGGCUUGGAGGACGCCAAACUCCGAAAGGCCAUGUUGUUGUGUAAAGAGCACGGGAUCAACGACCGAAAACUGCCGAUUGCGUAUACUCAGGACGUCUCUCUGAAUGUUCUCGCUCGCCUCGAAAAUUCGGUUGAUCAAAAACGCAGAAUUUGGAAUUUAAGGAGGAUCAACAAGUUCUGCGAGGAGCAAUGGUCAUUCCUAGCACCCGUAUUCUCUACCGCCAUAUUCAACCAUGACCUUCAUCCGAAUGCCGUCCUUCCCUUCACCAGAAAGCACGAUAUCGUAAAUGGCUCUUUCGGUCAGGUCUACAAAUAUGAGAUCCAUCCCCACCACUUCAAGGACCCAUUGAAUCCGUCUUGUCCUGAUUUCUUUGCAGUCAAAGAAAUGCGCUCGGUAGAGAAGGUAGUCGCCAACUGGGAAAGGGAGGUGAAGACUCUGGUGAUGUUGAAUUCACUCAAUCAGGAUCACAUUGUCCGCUUCAUCACGGCCUUUAGCCGCCGUCAGGCGGAUCGGGAAGAUUAUUGUCUAAUGUUUGAGUGGGCCAAUGGUGGAAAUCUUUGUGAUUUUUGGAAAGCCACUCCCCAGCCUACCCUCCAGGCAUCGUUUGUGAAAGCUGUACUCAAGCAGUUACUUGGUCUUGCCAAGGCGCUGUGUGCAGCCCAUUACCUCAACACAUCCGGGGCAUCUAUUCGACAUGGGGAUCUGAAACCGGAGAACAUUCUGUGGUUUCAGGACCUUGACGAGAUUGGGAGACUCAAGAUUGGCGACUGGGGCAUAGCUAAGCAGAACAAUAUCGGCACAGAGAUGCGAGCUGAACAGACCACAUCUCAAUGGGGUACCCUGCGGUACGCUGCGCCAGAAGUUGAGACUGGCGUGAGAGGAAUAUAUUUCGGCCAGACGCCAAAGCGCCGCUCCCGGCUCUACGAUGUCUGGGCCAUGGGCUGCAUCACUCUAGAGUUUAUUAUUUGGCUUCUCUAUGGCUGGGCUGAAGUCAAGAGGCUCAGAUUCAACUUAGGUGGAGAGAGAGCACCCUUUUACCAAAUCAGCCAGGACGAAAGUGGAACAAAGAUAGCCAGGGUGCACAGCGUCGCAGUACAGUGGAUGGAACAUAUGGCAAAGGAUCCCGCCUGCCAGGCUGGCACUACUGCACUAGGCGAUCUCCUCGAAGUUGUCAAAACCGGCCUCCUCGUUGUGAAUCUCCCGCGACGGAUGGGCUCGAACCUAAUGAAUCCGCAGGAAGCGCUCUUUAACCCUUUUUCUCUAGAUGCACGCCCGCACAAGCAACUCCCCGACGAGCCCGACGAGCCCGUCUUGCUGGAACCCUCAGAUCCACAGGAAACACCAUUACGAGGCAUGCCUAUUCCCUCACUCGAAAUUACCGAGCCUGUCAGAGUUCCCCUACUACCGGAGCCUGAGAUUAGACGUGACGUAAGAUUUCUUGCCACUGAUUUGCGAAAUCGCCUGGAAAACAUCUUGGUAGGUGACUACGAAAGCGAUAACUAUUGGUCUCCAGAUGCACCGCGACUCCCGCCUCCUGAGAGUCCUGAUGACCCUUCGAAUAGUCUAACGCAAGGAGAGACGGAGUACAGAACGGAAUCUACAGCCUUGUCGAUCAGUGAUCUAUUAGCUUCCAAAGGCCUUCUCGACAACGACUGGGAAAUUCAUGUCGACAACAAGUUUGCCUCCAGGCUUCUCGCUAGCCACGUCGCUACUUUUGAAGGCUCUAGCUCAUAUGAAUCUGCCCAAAAUCAUGAAGCGUUACGUCUCUGCAGCCAAUGUAAGUAUGUUAGGGACGACCUGUGGAGCCCAGGAUUCAGCAUAACCUACGAAGUGCGAAGCCUAAAGGCUAGGGCUACAUUGAAAGAGUGUGGCUUGUGUGGAUUGUUCUGGAGAACAUGCGAAAAACAUAGCGGCACAACAUUUCCGACCGUGCAGUUUGGCAGAGUCGAGUCUUCUCUCAAAAUGAAUGGGGGAAAUACGAAUGUGCUCUCAUUACUCCGCAGCCCUGAUUUGAACACGAGGAUCGACGACCAUAUCCAGAUCGGUCAUGCUGAACUUCCCAAAGCCGGACAGCCGGCUCACCUCGAAGUUAUCCGGCAAUGGCUGAACAAUUGCGACGACAACCAUAAGCACUCUACUUGUCAGCCACCUAAACAUGAUAGUAGAUUCAACGACAAGAGGAAGCUGCCGACCAGGCUCAUCGACGUCGGCAAGGCUGGUGACACCACGGUCCGCCUCCUGGAAACGGGUGCUAACGACAGUGGAGAAUGGGUAGCUUUGUCCCAUCCAUGGGGGCCUAGUCCCCAUUUUGUAACCACACGCAACAAUCUCGCGGAACACAUCAAAGGUAUAAACUUGAAGACCCUCGCCGGCACAUUCAGGGACGCCGUGGUUGUCACCCGCGCUCUCGGCCGCCGGUACCUUUGGAUCGACUGCGUUUGUAUCAUCCAAGGAAGAGAUGGCGACUUCAUCCAAGAGGUUAAGCGCAUGGAAGAGGUCUUCAGCGGAGCCUACUGUGUCAUUCAAGCCAAUUGUGCCUCUGAUCACUUUUCAGGUUUCCUCCAGCCGCGGAACGUACGAGACUAUGUCGCCCUGCGCCGCGAUGGCGGAGCAUUCUUCUACAUAUGUGAGAUGAUCGACGAUUUCGAGAGCCAUGUGCUGGAGGGUGCGUUAAAUCAGCGCGCUUGGAUACUGCAGGAACAUGCGCUCGCUCGUCGGACUAUAUUUUUCACCGAGCACCAAACGUACUGGGAAUGUGGCGAGGGAGUUCGCUGCGAGACGGGGAUGAGGAUGAACAACAACCUCGCCGCCUUGCUCGGGGACCCCAAUUUUCCCCAACUUGUCGAGGCUGCGCCUUUUGGCGAGCGCAUCCUGCGAUACCAAGAUCUCUACGCCACGUACUCGCGCCUCCUUCUCGUCAACCCCGCCGACCGCCCUCUAGCCAUCCGCGGACUCGAAAUCCGCCUACUGCGCACCAUGCAAGCCCGCGGUGGCUUUGGCGUCUUCGACCAGGGCCCCAACAAGGGGCUCCUAUGCCGCAGUCUGCUCUGGCACCGUGGCGAUGACGAAGCGACACUGCAUCGCAUCAACUUCCCUCCUGAACGCGGCGGCGUUCCCAGCUGGAGCUGGAUGGCGUAUACCGGCGGCAUCGACUACUUGGGAAUAGAGUUUGGGCAGGUGGAGUGGGAGGAUGUGACGUUGCAUUGGUUGGAAUCGAAGGCGGUAGCGGUCGCUGGAGGAGCGAGAACGGAGAUCGUAGAAGAUGAUGAGCGUGUGGGGAGAGCAUUGAGGGCGGUGGUGCGAGAGUAUGAUACUGGAGCUGCAGAUGUGGGAGGGGGCAGGCUGGUGUUAGAUACGCCGGGGGGGUCGGAGAAGUUAGAGACACUAUGUGUGGUAUUGGGGCGGCAGAAGCAGCAAGGGGCGAAGACAGAGGAUAGAAAUUGUUAUGUGCUGGUUGUGGCGAACGCGGGGGGUGGGGAGGCUAGGAGGUCGAGGUGGGAGAGGGUUGGGGCGGGAAUUCUGCCGAUGAAGUGUAUUGCGUCCGAGGGUGAAGAUAUUGAAAUUUAUUAG